AACGCUCCUUAUUGGAUCAGAGAAACAAACCCACUCACCCACCCACCCGCCCGCAAACAACAUGGUCGAAACCAGACGAAGUUCUUCUUCUUCCAAACGCGCCCUUCCUUCUUCUCAAUCUGCUUCACCUCCUUCUAAUAAGCGAUCCAAGGCCAGCGAGGCGUCCUCAUCGACGAACGAUGUAUCUGCGGGGCUGCCGCCGUCGACUGAAACCACAAAGUCUGGUUCUGAAUCUCGAGACCCCGAGCUCCGAUCCUCUGAUCCACAGAACGCCGAUGUUGCCAAGACCGUUGACGCCGACAAAUCGGAUGAUGUUGACAUGGAAGCUGAUGCUUUGGGUUCUCCGCCGACUCCAGGUGAAACCGUGGUGGAUGAAGAGAAAUCCAAGGCUGUCGGUGUAGUCUUUAAUAAUGGGCGUGUGAAGAAGCGCCCAACAAAAUUAGCGAAAGGGAGUUCCAAAACCCCUUGGGCGAGACUUAUUUCACAGUAUUCGCAGAAUCGUCACAUGAACAUGUGUGGUGCUGUUUUUACUGUUGGUCAGAACCGUCAAUGUGAUUUAUAUCUUAAAGACCCAUCUGUUAGUAAAAGCUUGUGUAGACUGAGGCGCAUAGAGAAUGGAGGUUCAACUGCUGCUGUACUAGAAAUUACCGGAGGCAAAGGUGUUGUUGAAGUGAAUGGCAAUAUUCACCAUAAAGAUUCUAUUGUAAAUUUAAGAGGAGGCGAUGAAGUGGUUUUUAGUGUUUCCGGAAAACAUUCUUAUAUAUUUCAGCAGCUUAACGAUGAAAAUUUAGCUGCACCUGGCAUACCUUCUUCGCUGAGCAUUUUGGAGGCACAAAGUGCUCCACUGAAUUCAAUGCAUAUAGAGGCAAGAUCAGGAGAUCCCUCAGCUGUUGCAGGAGCAUCAAUAUUAGCUUCUUUGUCAAGUCUCAGGAAAGACUUGUCCCUUCUUCCACCACCUGCUAAAACUGGUGAGGACAUUCAAAAUACUGAGAUAUCCUCCCUACCCUCUGGCUGUGAUGGAUUAGAAGACCGUAUUCCAGAUGUUGAGUUGAAAGAUACCACAAGUAAUAAUGAUCUGGUUGGUGUUUCUUCGAGGGGGAAGACUGUUAACCCAGCAUCUGAUGCUGCUAAUGAAAACCCAAACCUUGAUAGCAUUGGACUUGAUUCUUGUGUAGAUGCUGAAAUUGGGAAGAUGCCUGAGCCAACUUGUGAAAUAAGGCCACUCCUGCAGAUGCUUACUGGAUCCACAUCUUCUGACUUCGAUAUUAGUGGCAGUAUAUCCAAAAUACUUGACGAUCAAAGGGGGGAACUUAGAGAACUCUUCAAGGAAUCUGGGCGUUCAAUGGUUCUGAUCUCUUCAAGACGGCAAGCAUUUAAAGAUAGUUUACAGGAAGGAAUUCUGAGUCCUGAUAAUAUAGAUUUGUCGUUCGAGAAUUUCCCGUAUUAUUUAAGUGAUACAACGAAGAAUGUUCUGAUAGCAUCCACAUACAUUCAUUUGAAGUGUAAUAAGUUUGCAAAGUAUGCGACAGAUCUUCCUACCAUGUGUCCUCGUAUAUUGUUAUCUGGUCCUGCAGGUUCGGAAAUAUAUCAGGAGACUUUAGCAAAGGCACUUGCCAAGCACUUUGGUGCUAGGUUGCUUAUUGUUGAUUCUCUUCUCCUGCCUGGUGGAGCGACAGCAAAAGAAGCUGAUUAUGUGAAGGAAAGUUCAAGGCCCGAAAGAGCAUCUGUAUUUGCUAAAAGAGCUGCUCUUGUACAGCACAAGAAACCAACUUCUAGUGUGGAGGCAGAUAUCACAGGUGGGUCUGCAGUAGGCUCACAGGCACUGCCAAAGCCAGAGGCAUCGACUGCAUCAUCCAAAAAUUACACUUUCAAAAAAGGUGAUAGAGUAAGGUUUGUGGGUAAUCUACCUUCUGGAACUUCUCCUAUGCAACCUAAUUCAAGGGGACCGACUGUUGGGCUUAAAGGAAGAGUAGUCCUUCCUUUUGAAGAAAACGAUUCUUCAAAAAUUGGCGUUAGAUUUGAUAAAACGGUCAUGGAAGGCAAUAAUCUAGGUGGCUUUUGUGAAGAUCUUCAUGGUUUCUUUUGCCCAGCUAGUUCACUUCGCUUAGAUCCUUCUGUAGGUGAUGAUGUUGACAAGCUUGCUAUUAAUGAACUCUUUGAGGUUGCAUUGAAUGAAAGCAAAAGCAGUCCCUUAAUAUUGUUUGUGAAAGACAUGGAGAAGUCUAUGGUGGGGAAUGGUGAUGCAUAUAGUGUCUUAAAGAGUAAACUUGAAAAUUUACCCAGCAAUGUUGUUGUGAUUGGAUCCCAUACCCAAAUGGACAAUCGCAAGGAGAAGUCUCAUCCAGGUGGCCUCUUAUUUACGAAGUUUGGAAGCAAUCAAACAGCUUUACUUGAUCUUGCUUUUCCGGAUAACUUUAGUAGACUGCAUGAUAGAAGCAAAGAGACACCCAAAGCAGCAAAGCAAGUUUCUCGACUUCUUCCAAACAAAGUGAUUAUUCAACUGCCUCAGGAUGAAGCUUUACUUUUGGAUUGGAAGCAGCAGUUGGAGCGUGAUAUUGAAACUUUAAAAGUGCAGUCAAACAUUGUUAGCAUACGCUCAGUACUUGCCCGAAAUGGCUUGGAUUGCCCUGAUCUUGAAACUCUCUGCAUUAAAGAUCAAAGCCUUACAACUGAAAGUGUGGAGAAGUUAGUUGGCUGGGCUUUAAGUUACCAUUUUAUGCAUUGCUCAGAAGCUCCAGAAAAAGAUGCCAAACUUAAGAUAUCUACUGAAAGCAUUAAGUAUGGGCUGAACAUUCUGCAGGGCAUUCAAAGUGAAAGCAAGAGCUUGAAAAAGUCUCUGAAGGAUGUUGUUACUGAGAAUGAAUUUGAAAAGAAACUCCUUGCUGACGUUAUUCCCCCUAGUGAUAUUGGGGUUACUUUUGAUGACAUUGGUGCCUUGGAAAAUGUGAAAGAUACCUUGAAGGAAUUGGUGAUGCUUCCUCUUCAAAGGCCUGAGUUGUUUUGCAAAGGACAGCUAACAAAGCCUUGCAAGGGAAUUUUGUUGUUUGGGCCUCCUGGUACUGGGAAAACAAUGCUUGCGAAGGCUGUUGCAACGGAAGCUGGUGCAAACUUUAUCAACAUAUCCAUGUCAAGCAUUACCUCAAAGUGGUUUGGUGAAGGAGAGAAGUAUGUUAAAGCAGUCUUCUCUUUGGCAAGUAAAAUCGCUCCUAGUGUUGUUUUUGUUGAUGAGGUCGAUAGCAUGUUAGGAAGACGGGAAAAUCCAGGAGAGCAUGAGGCUAUGCGUAAAAUGAAGAAUGAAUUCAUGGUAAAUUGGGAUGGUCUACGUACAAAGGAUAAAGAACGUGUAUUGGUACUUGCUGCUACCAAUAGGCCUUUUGACCUUGAUGAGGCUGUAGUUAGGAGGCUUCCCAGGAGAUUGAUGGUUAACUUGCCAGAUGCCCCAAACAGAGAGAAGAUAUUAAGAGUUAUUUUAGCCAAAGAAGAAUUGGCACCGGAUGUUGAAAUGGAAGCAGUUGCAAGUAUGGCUGAUGGGUACUCUGGAAGUGAUCUAAAGAACCUUUGUGUGACUGCUGCUCAUUGCCCCAUAAGAGAAAUUUUGGAGAAGGAAAAGAAGGAGAGAGCUUCAGCAUUGGCUGAAAGUAGACCUUCACCUGCAUUGUAUAGCAGUGCCGACGUUCGUCCUCUGAAGAUGGAGGAUUUUAGAUAUGCACAUGAGCAGGUAUGUGCCAGCGUAUCAUCUGAGUCUACAAAUAUGAAUGAGCUCCUUCAGUGGAAUGACUUGUAUGGAGAAGGUGGAUCGAGAAAGAAGAAAUCUCUCAGCUACUUUAUGUAGAGGAGUAUCAUUGUGUAUAGGCCAUUGUGUAGUUUAUUCUUCUUUGUCAUCUUAAAAGGGUGGCCAAGAUCUGGGACCUUUAUGGAAUUCCAUUGAUAGUCCCAUCUCCAUUGUAUUAUAUAUAGGUUUUUGAAAUUUUUGUUAGGAAUUUUUUAAUAUUUAAUCAAGCAGGUAACUUUGAGAAGAUUUC